CUUUCUUGGACUUUUCCACCUUUGCCAAGAUCAUGCACACCAUAGUCGGUUGGCUGGUCGAAAACUUUCGGUUCGUUCCAUCUGUGCUGACGUCACAGUGCGCGCGGUCCCGAUCCCCCUGGUGAAGACAGCGCGCGCUUCUGUCCCGUCUUUACAGAAGCAGCGGCGUGAAGCGAGAUGACCGUCUGCGUGCGGCUGCGUGUGGAUCUCUUGAACGCCGGUGGCAGGGGACUGACAGACAAUAAAGAGGCGCGAGAGUGGGAGACCGUUUGCGAUUAGUGCGGCACGACUGAAGCACGGGAAGGCGAGUUGUACGUUGACGGAAUAAACCGAAGGCUGGACGCCGCAUUCAGGUUGUAGAGUUUUAAACAAGACAAGGACAGAUUUGGAAUACAGUGUGCGCGAUGAAAGGGGCGCUUAGUGGAUUCAUCAAGUCCCCGUUUUAUGUCGCAUUUCGUUAAUAUUUUAUUUUGCCGUGCUGGGGUGUGUAUGAUAUUUUUGAUUUUCGUUUGAUUUAGUCAGUGUGUGUUCCGAUACAAAUAUUUCUGUGAAUCCUGUUUCGUUGAUUUGUGUGUCUGUGUGCAUGUGUGUACGUGAGUGUGCGUUCCCUGGAGUCACUGGGGGGACAACAGGGGAUUUUCUCAAUGGCACGACGAGAAGAUUUAGCGCUACACUAAAAUUGUGUUUCACUCUCCGGGGAGUCAGAGAUGGGAGACUUCGUGCAGAUCAACGAACCCGGCCAACAGAUAUCUCAUAACUACUGCUAACAGCGAUAAGGAUGACCCCUGCUCGGCCGGUAUGUGUGUCUGUGCUGUCGUCCCUGCUGGCGCUGGCAUGGGGUCAGGACUCCUCCUCCUCCCCCUCCUCCUCCUUCUUCGCGUGCUCCUCCAUGGUGCAGGGUGUCCUGUACGGCUCCUUCUCCCUGAGGGACCUGUUCCCCUCCCCCAUCACCCCGGGCUGCUCCUGGACUGUGGAGAACCCCGACCCCACAAAAUACACGCUGUUUGUGCGCUUCAGGCACCACGGCCCCGCCUGCCAGGCCUUCGCGCCCGUGCUCCUCCCCCUCGACCACUACCUGGCCAAUCAGAGCUGUGCCGCGCCCGUCCCGGCCGACCCGGAGCUGGUGGACCUGUGCCAGCCCUCCGGGUCCCACGCCUUCAUGCAGUUCGACAAGAACUUUGUGCAGCUGUGCCUGACGACGGCUCCCGCGCCCACGGCCACGCCCACCGCCACGCCCACUGACGACCCCGUCACCAUGGAGAUGCUGGCCUUCCACCUGGUGGAGGUGCUGCUGAUCAACAACGAGAACUCCAGCCAGUUCACCUGCGGGGUGCUGUGCCGCUGGUUCGAGGAGUGUCUGCGUUCGGGCCGGGAGAGUGAGGGCUGUGGGAUCACCCAAACCGGCUGCAUCUGCCCCGAUGCCGACAUGACCCCGCCCUUCCUGCUCACGCCUGCCACGCCCAACAAUGACUCCGCCCACCGCCACACCCCCGACGUGCUCCCGGCUCCGCCCGACGACUGCUGCGUGACCCAGACGCCCUCGCUGCACGCCAUCGCCCUGGUGCCCCGGGACGUCCCGCACGACUCUGAAGAGGACGAUCUGAGAGUGAAGACGCAGCGACCUCGAUCUGUCGACCUGCCGGGACUUUACCAGGCCCAGACAGGUGACCCAGCAGCGGAGGAGUGGUCGCAGUGGAGCAUGUGUUCUCUGACCUGUGGGCAGGGCUUGCAGGUCCGCACGCGCUCCUGUGUCGCCUCCCCCUACGGAACCCUCUGCAGUGGCCCGCUGAGGGAGUCCCGCGUCUGUAACAACACCGUCACCUGCCCAGUGCAUGGGCUGUGGGAGGAGUGGUCUCCGUGGAGCCUGUGUUCAGUCACGUGUGGGCGUGGCUCUCGAACCCGGACCCGGAGCUGCGUGGCCCCUCAGCACGGGGGGAAGACCUGCGGAGGCCCAGAGCUGCAGUCCAAACUCUGCAACAUCGCCGUGUGCCCAGGUGGGGGUAACUGGGGCAGUUGGAACCAGUGGGGCAGUUGCUCGAAGACGUGUGAUUCGGGGUGGCAGCGGCGGCUGCGGAUGUGCCAGGGGGUGGGGCUUCAGGGGUACCCCUGUGAGGGCAGUGGGGAGGAAGUCAGGGCGUGCAACGACAGGAAGUGUCCAGCUCCUCACCAGAUGUGUAAGGAUGAGCACAGAGAAGCUGUGAGCUGGAAGAGUGCUGCAGCUGGAGACACUGUGUACAGCAAGUGUCCCUCAAACGCUACUGGCUCUGCUAGUCGUCGGUGCUUGCUGGACUCUAAGGGAGUUGCUUACUGGGGUCCUCCGACCUUCGCCCGAUGCGUCUCACUGGAGUUCCGAUAUUUACAUCUAUCACUGCGAGAGCAUCUUUCGAAGGGUCAGAGGACCCUGGCAGGGGAGGGCAUGUCCCAGAUCGUGAGGAGUCUUCACCAGCUGAUGUCCCGCCGCCGCUAUCACAGCGGGGACCUCUUAUUCUCAGUGGAGAUUCUCCGAAAUGUGACCGACACCUUCAAACGAGCAACCUACAUCCCAGCUCCCGACGAUGUGCAGAAGUUCUUCCAGAUUAUCAGCUUUAUGUUGGAUGUGGAAAACCGUGGAAAGUGGGAGGAUGCUCAGCAGGUCUCCCCUGGCUCAGUGCUGCUGAUGAGAGUGGUAGAGGAUUUUAUCCACCUGGUGGGCGAGGCUCAGAAGGCCUUCCAGAGUUCCCUCAUCAUCACUGACAACCUGAUGCUGACGGUCCAGCGCGAGCCAGCGUCGGCCGUCUCCAGUGAUGUGAACUUCCCCAUGAAGGGCCGCAGAGGGAUGAAGGACUGGGCGCGCUCCUCGGAGGACAAACUCUUCAUCCCCAAGGAGGUCUUCACCCUGGCCUCUGAAGAAUCAGAUGAAACAUCUUACUUUGUGAUCGGAGCAGUCCUGUAUCGAACCCUCGGCUUCAUACUGCCACCUCCACAGAGCCCCUUGGUGGUCAGUUCCAAGGUGCUGACGGUGACCGUGCGACCGCCACCCAAAGACACGGAGGGCAUGGUGGCAGUAGAGCUGUCCUCUCUGCUGAACGGCACCUCUGAUCAUCAGUGUGUCACUCUGGAGUACUGGAACACGGAGGAUGCUGAUUACUGGGACACUGAAGGCUGUCAGACUCUCCCGUCUCCAUCACUUCAUACCAAGUGCCUCUGCAGCCGGCUGUCCACCUUCGCUGUGCUAGGACAACAACCCAGAGCACAGGUGGUCGGCCCCUCCAGACUGCCCUCUGUGCCCCUGAUGAUUGGGUGUGGCGUUUCCUGUACAGCUCUCUUCAUUCUGCUGGUGCUGUACGCUGCCCUCUGGAGGUUUAUUCGGUCCGAGCGCUCCAUGAUUCUGCUGAAUUUCAGUGUGGCCAUCCUGGCCUCUAAUGUCCUCAUCUUGCUGGGACAGUCCCACAGCCUGGGCAGAGUGAGUCAGGUGCUCUGCACAAUCACUGCCAUCGCUCUGCACUUCUUCUUCCUGUCUUCCUUCUGCUGGGUGUUAGCAGAGGCGUGGCAGUCUUACCUGGCCGUCAACGGCAACACCAGAACACGCUUCAUUCGCAAGCGCUUCCUGUGUCUGGGCUGGGGUCUUCCAGCUCUGGUUGUCGCAGUGUCAGUGGGGUUCACCAGGGCGAGAGGCUAUGGCUCAGCCAGCUCCUGCUGGCUAUCUCUGGAGGGUGGGUUGCUCUACGCCUUUGUGGGUCCUGCUGCUGUCAUUGUAUUGGUCAACAUGCUGAUCGGCAUCGUCAUCUUCAACAAGCUGGUGUCCAGGGACGGAAUAUCAGACAAGUCCAAAAAACAGAAAGCUGGUCCACAGCCACACGGUCUUGUUCCCAAAUAUUCCAGGUGUGGAGUGAACUCACACAGCACCCUGCCCAAGACCAUCGCCACCAAUGCCACGGCGUCCCUGUGGAGCUCCUGUGUGGUGCUCCCCCUGCUGGCUCUCACCUGGAUGUCAGCAGUCCUGGCCAUCACCGACCGGAGCUCCACGCUGUUCCAGGUGCUCUUCGCCGUGUUCGACGCCCUGCAGGGUGUGGUCAUCAUCAGCGUGCACGGCGCACUGAGGCGAGAGGUGCAGGACGCAUUGUGUGGUCGUAUGGGCGUCUGUAAGGAUGACAGUGAGAACUCUCCAGAUUCCUGCAAGAAUGGCCAGACAGACUUUGAAAAAGAUGUGGAUCUGGCCUGUCAGACAGUCAUUUUUAAGGAGCCCACUAUUUCAGGAACACUGUCCCGCAUCUCCUUGGACGAUGAGGACGACCCCAAACUGGCGGGAAACAAGGAGGUGGGCGUGAACCUGGGGGGCCUGCCGGGCCUCGUGGCCCCGCCCACCCUGCUGGUGCAGGCCCCGCCCCUCGGGGUCGAGCCGCAGCUGAAGGAGGUGAACGUGGAGCAGCAGGGGGCGCCGGUGUACCUGUGCACGGAGAGCGGGCUGGGCUGGGUGGGGUCGGGGGGCGGGGCCGGGGGCCUGGGCGGGGCUGAGCGGGACUACAUGGUGCUGCCAGGGAGGACGGGGGGCCUCCAAACCCCGCCCCUCAGGGGUGAGGAGAAGAACAUGGCUGUGCAUGACUCCGCCCUCCCCGCGGUGUCGGCCCUGCGAUUGGCUGACGGGAAGGCGCUGUACAGCUUUGCGUCCAUGGAUCACCUCAACGUCAACCUGACCCCGCCCUGCCGGACGCUCCGCCCCCUGCCCGCCCACACGCUGCACUUCAAACCACACCCCUCCGUCCGUCACAUCCUCUCUGGCUCCGCCCACCGCACUCGUACCCUCCCGCGGAAACUGGGCCACACCCACACCAGCCUGUCCGUGGGCUCACUGGAGAGGAAAAGAGUACAGUACUCUGAGCUCGACUUUGAGAAGGUGAUGCACACGCGGCAGAGACACAACGAGCUGUACCACGAGCUCAACCACCCCCCCGAGUUCCACACCCCCGGCCCCAAACGCAGGGACCCGACUGCAUCCAGCGUCAGGAGGGAGAGACGCUGGAGCAUCUCAUCUACAGAAGGGGAGAAUAAUUCCUCCAGCGACAGGACCCCUCCGGAUGACCAGCACCCCUGUGACAAUGUCAGGACAGUCACCUUUGACCCCUCAUGUGCCCCCGCUGAGAAGAUGGACAAAUUGGAGCUAAACCAAAUUUGGGGAACUGCCCCCGCAACCACACCCGAAACCGAGGGAGACUUCCAGACUGAAGUCUGAGUACGCACACAUACACACACUAUUACACACACACACACACACACAUACACACUCACGCACACAUACACACACUAUUACACACACACACAUACUCAUUAUUACAUACACACACACAUACACACUCACACACACGCACACACACUCAUACACACGCACACACACACAUACACACACAUACACACAAACACACACAUUAUUACACGCACACACACACAUACUCACUGUUACACACACACUCAUACACACACUCAUUAUUACACACACACACACACAUACUCACUAUUACACACACACAAACACACACACUCAUUAUCACACACACACACUCACUAUUACACACAUACACACACACACACAUUAUUACACACACACAAACACACUAUGCACGCAGACUUUUUCUCCGCUGCACAGGAUUUGCGAGAGGGGGGGGUGUUUUUUGGUCUUGAUUUUUCUCCAGAGUGUUCUCUCUGUCACCUGUGUGAUGAUGAAAGUGUUUCUGCACGGCGUCUUACAGAAGAGUUCCUGCUGUUGCACACCAUUUUGACCUUUAGGUUUCCUUUUUCCCCCCAUUUCCCUCAAAGGAUUAUUCUAUCGUUUUUCCCUGAAAAACAACAGAAAGGCAACAGUGAGUGUUUAUGAAUAAAUGGUGUUCACUGCA